AUGGCCAGCCGUCCUACUGUCACCGUCCACGGCGCCGAUGGGGCUGCCUCCAACGACACCCACCCGCUCCCCAAUGUCUUCAAGGCGCCCAUCCGCCCGGACAUUGUCCAGAGCGUCCACACCGGCAUGGCUAAGAACAAGCGUCAGCCAUACGCCGUGAGCGAGAAGGCCGGCCACCAGACCAGUGCCGAGUCGUGGGGAACUGGACGUGCUGUCGCCCGUAUCCCGCGUGUCUCUGGUGGUGGUACUCACCGUGCUGGUCAGGCCGCGUUCGGUAACCAGUGUCGCUCUGGUCGCAUGUUCGCUCCCACCAAGGUCUGGCGCAAGUGGCACCAGAAGAUCAACCUUGGCCAGAAGCGUUUCGCUACUGCCUCUGCCAUUGCUGCGUCUUCGAGCGCUGCUCUGCUCCUCGCCCGCGGUCACCACGUCUCCACCAUCCCAGAGGUCCCACUCGUCGUUUCGUCCUCUGCCUUCGGUGGUGCCAUCAAGAAGACCUCUGCCGCCGUCGCUCUCCUCAACGCCGUCGGUGCUGGACCUGAGCUCGAGAAGGUCAAGAACUCCCGCAAGCUGCGUGCCGGUAAGGGCAAGCUGAGGGGUCGCCGCCACCAGCAGCGCCGUGGACCUCUCGUCAUCUACGAGCCAGAGAAGGACGGCAAGGAGCUCAUCCGCGCUUUCCGCAACAUCCCAGGUGUCGAGACCAGCACCGUCUACGCUCUCAACCUCCUCCAGCUCGCCCCAGGUGGCCACCUCGGUCGUUUCAUCAUCUGGACCUCCGCCGCAUUCGCCGCCCUCGACACCGUCUACGGCAGCACCACCGAGCCAUCUGAGCUCAAGAGGGACUUCCUCCUCCCAUCCAACGUCGUCGCACAGCCAGACAUUGCCAAGCUUAUCAACAGCUCCGAAGUGCAGUCUGUGCUGCGACCAGUCAAGGGCGGUGCCAUCACCAAGCGCGCCCAUGUGCAGAAGAAGAACCCGCUCCACAACAAGCAGGUCCUGCUCCGCCUCAACCCAUACGCCAAGGCAUACUCGAAGGAGGGUCUCGGCCACGUCAAGGCCGACGAGAAGCCCAUCGCCAAGGAGGCUUCGUUCGAGGCUACUCUUCACGAGAACUAA